UAUUGCAAUUUCUAGGUGAAUGCCGUGUUGGUAAAGCUUGAUUCGCUCAAGGCAGCAGAGAAAUGUAUUAGUGAAACGAAUGGAGUCUCCCUGCAGCGAGGAUUUAAUAGAAAGAAUCUGGUGAUGACGAAAUGGUUGAAUUUAGAAAACAUUUAACGUAAAGAGAAUGUAAAAGAAGGAUAAUGCAUAGCUAAUAGGUACUUUCAUAACACGUUCAUAAUUGAUAACUAAUUAACUCGAGUUAUAAAAACAAAAAGGGCAACACAAGCAAGACAAAAAAAAAAGAAUUGUACAUCGGAACGAUCGUUCCAUGAAACGUUCAAACUAGACAGAAAGCAACACAGGAUAAUGAAAUCGAUUAAAUCAAAAGGAAAACUAAACACAUUUAAACGAGCAGAUUGGGGGCGGAUGUUUUAAAAUUGAAAUCUAAAACUAAAUUAAUAGGUAUAAACGUAUAUAUAUGAACUACAUAUAUAUAUAUGAUACAAUUAGUAGAAUGCUGGAUGGGAUCGUUUCUGUAACAUCCAAAAAACUCCCGCCCCGGCAGGACACCCGUUCUCGUUACGAAAGAUUCCCGUGGGAAAGUUGAAAACCGUAGACUAAAUGAUAGCAACAAAACAUAGGAAAAAAGGAGAAUCUUUAUGCAAGAAGGGACAAGUAUCUUCCAACAUGUUUCACAAUGAUUAGGUCUAUGGAGAAGUGAAGUUUUAUGUUGUUCCGAAACUAAAUUUAACAACAACAAAACCAAACAACACAAUUGUUAGUCUCGAGAAACGUGUCAAACGAAGUGGUUCGAGCCGAGUUAAGCCAUACGUUGAUCUGCAAUGGCACACGCUCGCAUGGAAGUAGAAGCUAGUACCCUUUCUCUGCCGAACGUUUUCUCUGAACGGACCAAAAACCAAUGAUGAUAUUUGAUGAUAGUAAACCUACUCAUGGUAUGUAUGUGUAUGUGUGUGAUCGUGUCUCGUUCUACGGAACCGUGCACUAGCAACGCGGCCAGCUGGUGAGGCUGUAAAUAGUGGAAUGUGCUAUUGUAACGCGAAUGCAUGAACACCGAAAUGAUGUUAAAACGACACUUGAAUAAGGAGGACGUUCAACGGCAAGGAUAAAGAAAGACAGUCACAAUGUAGGUGUGCAUAUAUGCAGUGAAUGAGUUGCUGCAAGAAGAAAGAACUCCAGUAUAUUAUUGAGUUUAAGUUAACGCAAUCGUACGUAAACGGAUCUCCUAGUUAAACCUGUAUAAGUUGUGAUGAAUCGGUUAUGCGUAUGGGAAAAUUCGUAAAACAAAAACUGCCAUUUUGGAAAUGUUCAAGUUGGGCGCAAGCGAUGAACUUUCUCCUUUUGAAUUGAAUUAUACGAACCUAUGAUACGGCUGGUCGAAAUUCAGCAAAUUAACAUGAUCAAACUGCCAACACGUUGCCAUCAGGCAAACACAAACUGUCGCGUGUGAGCCAACGUAAUCAAAAGUUAGACGCAAGAUUCCGUUCGUAAUUCUCUGCACGGACGCGCUGCAUCGAACGAUCAGUAGCACGAGACGGGCAGGUGAAUCUGAAUCUAUCUUAAGUGAUCUUUUCUCUUUCGGAAUAAAAAGAAAAGGAAGAAGAAAAAACAACGAUCCCAUUAACACAACCACUGACUGCCAAAAAAGCAAACAACAACGCGCACUAAUAUUCGAUCGAGGGAGGCCGAUAGUUUCCUAGCAUCAAUUGAACCUUUAUUUCAAAAGGACGUUUCUUGUGACAAGUUCAGACCAGAGAACAGAGUGGAUUACAGAUACUGACAAAAAUGGUUAAUCGAUUAAUGAGAAAAGCGAGAGAGCGUGUAUAUCUGCAGGAAGGUUAUUUACUAUUAAAAAAAGGAAUCGUUUAGGAUAUGCCGCUACCGAGCAACGUUUAGGAACGCUUAUUAGGAAUGAAUAGUAGAGAAAUGUGUUUGUUAUAUCACUUCGGUUUACCAUUAUUUCUGAUAUGUAACGUUACUCAGAGCAUGGGUUAGAGAUAGAACUGAAGGUGAAACUGUAACACAUGUUAGUGAAGGCGAAUGCUGUGCAAUUGAACACUCGUUAAAACAGAAGCAAGGAUUAACUACUACCGACAAACUUCCAUCCCACUCUUUGCAUGGUAUGAGUAAUUCCCGAUUUCUUCGUAUCAUAUCAUGGCUCCGUUUUCCCCAAUUUGUGGUCAUCAUUUUUUCUCCCACAAAUUUGAAACUGUUUUCGACCUCCUCUGGUAACCCUAUUUGUACAUAAACUCCUGAUAAACUAGUCAAUCGUAUUAGAAGAAGGAGAACAUGUUUGAGCCACGAGAAUCGAUUAUAAAAUGAGUCUUAAUAAAUCAUUUUUCAUGUCCUUACGAGGUAAAAUAUGGAAUAUAUAAAAGAAAAUUCAUCAAAAGUACCGAGACGCCCAUUUUCAAACUAAAGUCAGUUCUGCAGGUGAAGUAAAGAAGGUUGAAUUGAGCAAAAAAACCGAACAAAGAAGUAAAUCAAUAAUCAAAUUCAACUAAGAAAAAGAAAAUAGAGUCCCUCCUUACAGUAAUUUUUGUGUUCUACCAAACAACACGUUGCUAACUAGGCAGAAAGGCAUACAAACCAAAAACUCUGUAUAUUCACCCAUGAAAUGAAGAACCGUCAAGUCGCGGCAACAUCAGACCACACAGUCGCUAACAGAAGAUAACUAAGGAAGCGGCUACUAAACUUAGCUGUGAGCAGGCACAACCAAAGCAGGCUUUCAGUUCGAUGCAACCCUACCAAUAUGAACACGACGACGAAUCCAAAACAAUUUAAGACAAUAAAAGGGAUGGAGGCGUUCAGAUGGAAGAAAGGAACAAAAGAGAAGUGUAGAAGGCGGUGUACCCACCGCUUGUACAUCUUGAAUAAUGCUCUCGAGAGGCUAGAUUUGUAUGUUAAGAGGAGAAUAAACCGGGGAAAAAUGGGGCACAACUACUACUGAGACGGGACAUUAGUUAAAAUGUGUUUCAUGUGUUGCCAUGGAUUAAGCAUGUUUACUUCUUUCUUUGAAGUUACACCAUUUCUCGACAAGGUUCUUAAAAAUUAAAACAAAAUGCUACUGCAAACGGGUAGUCUCACAUGUUUGUCGAGCCUACAGAGAGAGAGAGAGAGAGAAAGAGAGAGAGAAGAAGAGAGAGAGAGAGGAAGGGAGAGAUAGCGAAAGAAAGAGAGAGUGCUAUCGCAAGGAAGGACACAUGGAAUUUAAGAUAAUCCCUCUCACAAUGAUAAAACGAUACGCCACAAACCAGGAAAGCAUUACAGUGUUCCGUUGACCGAGUGGCGGAUACCGAGUAAAAUCAAAUUUAUUGUAAAAUCGGUUUAAAUUUUGAAUCCGAAAACUAACCAACAAAUGGUAGUUAUUUAUUGAAAAAAAGAAAAGCAAGUUAGUAAGCCGCAGUUACUGAGACUAGGAGACGGCCAGAUGAACCGUCUACUAAGCACUAACGGAAUGCUGGCUCAUUCGAGUUCGGAUAAGGGUGGUGUGGCCAUUGUUCGGCGCGCAGAGAAAAGUGAGAAAAGUGGUGUAAAGAUGCCGUAGUAAACGCGAAAGCAUUUGAAUUAAAAAUUUAGCGAACAUGACAGGACUCGAAACAAAAAACACGACAGAAGAACAAAACCGAAACAAGGACAACCAUAAUGCAAAAAGGAAAAUAAAACAAAUCAACC